AUGUUCCGUGCUUUGACAUCUGUAUCUUCUCGCGUAGUGGCGACAUCAAAGUUUGCUCCCUUCACCGCUGUUAGAGCGAUGCAUUUUGGUCCCACGAAGCAGCAUUAUGAUAGUCCGGACAACAAUGUCGACACUCCCUUCGAUUUCACCGCGGAGAAUUACAGAAGAGUUCACGAAAUCAUGAAGCGCUAUCCUAAAAACUACAAGCAGUCCGCUGUGAUGCCUCUGUUAGAUCUCGCUCAGCGUCAGUGUGGAAAUUAUCUUCCUCUUGCUGCGAUGAACAAGGUAGCUGAGAUUCUGGAGAUGCCGCCCGUGAAGGUGUACGAAGUGGUGACGUUCUACACGAUGUACCGCACCGAGAAGGUUGGCAAGUUCUUCAUCCAGGCCUGCGGUACGACUCCCUGCAUGCUGUGCGGCUCUGAAGAGAUCUUCCAGACCCUGGAGAAGGAGCUGGGCAUCAAGGACGGUGAGACGACGAAGGACGGCAUGUUCUCGCUUCUGAAGGUGGAGUGUCUGGGCGCGUGCGCGAACGCUCCGAUGGUUCAGAUCAACGACGAUUACUACGAGUGCCUGACGCCGAAAACGACGGUGGAGCUGCUGAACUACAUUCGCAAGGAAGGCAAGCUGCCGCCGCUGAACAAGUCGGGCUCGAAGCCGAUGAACGGACAGGAGAGCUGCGAGGGAAUCAACGGACAGACGACGCUGAAGGGAGAGAUUCGAGGAAAGUACUGCCGCGAGCUGCCCGCCAAGAAGGUGAAUCCCAAGCAGGUGUUUAUCGAUAUGUAUGGAGAGGACAGUCUGUAAUGCGUUGUUUAUUGUAAUG